AUUUUAUAGGAAAAUAAAACGUUUCACGACACGUGACGUGUGACGUGUGACGGUCUCCGUGGCAACAGAUGUAAACAAACUAAUCCAGCAGGAGCGGUUCAUUGAACGCUGUUGAGCAAAGCACUGAGAGAUGCCGAUUAAAAAAGGAAAGAAGGGAAAGAAAGGAAAAGGAAAAGGAAAGAAAGAUGGCAAGCAAGAGUCAAAACGAGAUAAGGAGUCUGAUAUAGAGAGGGCAAAGGCAAACGCGGCUCUGUGGGAGGCCAGGUGUGAUCUGACAGAGAGUUCACGAGUGGAGUACCGUGAAACAGCGCGAAGACUGAACAAAAUCAACCAGCAGCUCACUGACCUGCAGCACAACACCGAGAAGAACACCAUCGAGAUUAUCGCUGUUCUGAGGAACAAAGACGUACAAAACGAGGAGAAGAUAAUGGCACUGGAACAACAAAUACAGCUUGAGAAAACAAAGGCCUCACAGGAAAAAGAGAGUUUGGCCACUCAAUACACGCUAAAGAUCAAUGAACUGGAGGAGAAGUUUAACAAGAGAUCUAACGAGUUCAACAUGAUUCAAGAGGAACUUAAGAUCAUCAAUGACUUCCUUAAGAAGAAGCCCCAAAUGGAACAAGAGCUCAAAAAUAUGAAAGAAACUAUGGACAAUGCAGAUCUAGAACACAAGAAAACGCUUGCAAGAAUGGAGCAAAAGUUCUUCAAUAAUAAGGUUCAUCUAGAGAAGGAAGCUGAGCAAAAGAUUGCUGUGCUUGCAGAAAGAGCUCACAAUGAAGCCAUCAUACAGCUGGAUGAUGCAUCUCGCUCCACGUUCAAGGAGAAUGUGCGUCUAAAUAAGGCAUUGGGUUACCACAUCAAAGAAGUGGAGGAUCUGCGGAAGAGAAAUGCAGCGCUGGUAGAAGAGAACAACAUCCUCAGUCUGCAUAAGGAGACGAGUCAGGACACCUCAAAUGAUACCGUAUCUAAGCUUACAGGCCAGCGAAGCACAGUUUCUGAACUGAGGGCGAAGGUGUUGACACUGGAGCAGGCUUUGGCCAGCAUGGUGGCUGAGUUUGAGUGGGAGAAGGCUGACAUCAAGCAGCGUGCUGCGGUCAGGACUCAGGCCAGUGGUGUAGAGUUGGACAAACUGCAGAAGCUCCUGAGCAUACGGGACAGGGAGCUGAGUCGAGUGAAGAGAAUAGCUCGCAGCAUAGUGGAGCAGCGCUCAGACAUGGAGAUCCUCUUCCAUGAGGCCCUGAACCACGUGAAGCAGGAGAUGCUAAUGCACAGACAGGAAGCAGAAGGGAAUCGUAGCAGGCGGAUGGAUGAGUUCCUAUCAGGUAGAAAGGAGAACGCUCACAUUCACACCUUUAACAAAACACCCCACAGCACUCCCACUGGUACAGACGAAGCUGAAAAAGGCAAUCUGAAGAAAGCCAAAGUGAACAUGUCGGAGAUGACCUGGGAGCAAAGAGAAAGAGUUCUCAGACUGCUCUUUGCUAAAAUGAACAGCCUGAAAUCAAAGAAACCAAUUCACGCUCCAGCUCUGACAGAUUCAGAUGGGAACCGGUGUAGCAGCAGCCCAGGGAAUGAAGACGAGGAAUCCCAUGCAACAUUUUUAACCCAAGCACCAGUUUCCAGUAUGAGCUCCAGUGGAAACUCCAGUGCUCUGCCAGACCUGUAGAUCAUCUGACUUCAGCACAGAUAAGAGAGCCAACUAAUGUCAAAGUAUAAGUAAAAAAAAUUGCAUAUCAGCUAUGAAAUGCCAGGAAGUGUUUACGAAUGUCUAAACUACAACGUACAAGAAACAAAAAAAACAAUGAUAACGUUGGCACUGAAGAUUAGACAUGAGGAAAACUGAGUGAAAUAAUAUUUUGCGUCUUUUUUUAUUGCAAACAAACAAUUCAUUUAUAUUUAAUAGAAAAAAAAUGGUUUAGUCAGCAGUUUACUGAACAUAGCCAUAACUUUGACCCUUCUAUUGUUUAUUUUAUUUUAUUUUAUUUUAUUGACUUCGAUGCAUGAUUACAGGUACAUAAGAACAUUUGUCAUUCAGGAACACUGAAUUAUUUUGCUAGAAUGUCAAUACCAAUUUACUCCAUACUAAAAUACAAAAUUUUAAAGUCCAUAAUCAUUGAAAAGUCUACACAGUAUAGUAGAUCUUAUGGCAUAGGCAUUGGAUAACAAUAUAAAUGUAAUUAAAAUUAAGUUGUACGUAAAAUUGUAAGUAAUUAUGUAUUUUUGAAAAUACUGUACUGUUUCAUUAAGUGGUAAUUUAUGUUAAAAGGGGGAAAUUAUUAUUAUAUUAACUUCUUUUCCUAACAAAUAAAACAAAAAUAUGAAAAUCAAUAUUGUUUGUUUUUGAGACAUUAGACAUAUGUGUUGUAUAUGAGGACAUUUAACCUAUACUGUAAAAA